UUCACCUCACAAGGUUGCUUGCCAACCGCCAUUAGAGGAAAGAAGAAGAAGAACCCGGAAGUCGCGGAACUUUAGACGUGUCAAAUGGUCGCCAUUUUCCACAGGAAGGUAACGCCUCAAGCACCUGAGAAGGAAGCGCUGUUUCCCCCCCACAAGCCUCACCAGUAAACAUGGGGAAUAUAUUCGGAAGCCUGUUUAAAAUGUUCGGGAAGAAAGAAAUGAGGAUCCUCAUGGUGGGUCUGGACGCUGCGGGGAAAACGACCAUUUUAUACAAGCUCAAACUGGGAGAGAUCGUAACCACCAUUCCCACGAUAGGUUUUAAUGUAGAGACGGUGGAGUACAAGAACAUUAGCUUUACAGUUUGGGAUGUCGGCGGCCAGGAUAAGAUCCGACCACUGUGGCGUCACUACUUCCAGAACACGCAAGGUCUCAUCUUUGUCGUGGACAGCAACGACCGAGAGCGAUGCAACGAGGCUCGUGAAGAGCUCAUGAGAAUGUUGGCGGAGGACGAACUGCGCAAUGCUCUGCUAUUAGUCUUCGCAAAUAAAAUAGACCUGCCUAACGCCCUGACUCCAACUGAAGUCACCGAAGCACUGGGCCUUCACACCCUGCGGGACAGGCGCUGGUUCAUCCAGGCCACCUGCGCCACCAAUGGCGACGGUCUCUAUGAAGGACUGGAGUGGUUGUCUGAGCAACUUAGGAAUCUCUAACAGUCGUCUCUUUCCCUCCCAUUCAUCGAGCCUACAUUCUGCCUUUAAAGCCCUCCCAUGCUGGCUGUUGUUACCGCCAACAUACCGGGCCACCAGUGGAAAUAAUCGGUCCAUGGUAAUGUGUAAAGCUGACAUAUGUAUAUAUGAAAGGAUAUGGUAAUGGGGCAGCUUUAUUAACUUUUUCUCUCGUGGUUGUUUCACUUUCUGUUUGUUGGGCAAUAAAAGGAGAGAUGCAAGGGAAUCUAAUAUUACAAUCACAUACACUACUCAAAAAGUUAAAGAUAUUCAGCUUUUGCGUUUUAAAGAUGAAGCUAAAAUAUACAGUACAGGCCAAAGGUUUGGACACACCUUCUCAUUUUAAUGCGUUAUAUUUUCAUGACUAUUUACAUUGUAGGUUAUCACUGAAGGCAUCAAAACUAUAUGACACCUGUGAAGUGAAAACCAUUUCAUGUGACAACCUCUUAAACCUCAUCGAGAGAAUGCCAAGAGUGUACAAACCGUAAUCAGAGCAAAGGGUGGCUAUUUUGAAUAAACUAGAAUAUAAAACAUGUUUUCAGUUUUUUCACCAUUGUUUGAUAAGUACAAAACUCCACAUGUGUUCAUUCAUAGUUUUGAUGCCUUCAGUGACAAUCUACAAGGUAAAUAGUCAUGAAAAUAAAGAAAAUGCAUUGAAUGAGAAGGUGUGUCCAAACUUUUGGCCUGUACUGUGUAUCAGUGUUUCAGUACUUUUUGUACAACUUGCUGUUCUCUAGCAAGUAGCUGAAUAGCAAAAUUUCUAACUGGUGGCAAAUUUUCUUUGACAUUAAGCUCAGUUGCCACUUCAAUCUGAAAACAUCUUGUUAGCAGCCUAAAACGGAGAGGUACUGUUGAACAAUAUUGUGGUUAGUUGGUAUUUUAGGUUAAUCCUGAAAUUCUACCCAAAAGUUGAGUAUCUCAACUUUUUGUGAGUGGUGUAUUCAAAUUGGUGACCAAAACUAAAAGAUGCACAGCUGGGAGCGUCAACCUCCUGUUUGAUAAACACUGGUAUUGACUUAAUAGGAUGUUUAUGGAAUCUACCUGCUUUCUCUGGUUGGUGUUUUUGUGUAUUGUCAAGUCUCAGGUCCACGGGCUGCCUUAGAGUGUGUACACUUUGCAACUAUUUUUUUUUUUUUAAAUGCUCUAUACUGAUUAUCCCACACUCAGCCUCGUACUGUAAGUUGUAUGCAUCAUGUAAGACGACAUUAGUGUCAUUUCCCCCAUCCUAUGAGGUGGGUGUUUUUAAAGAAAAUAUUUAAACACUUGUGUGCAUACACAUUUCUUUGUGUUACUGAACUGCUCAGACUAUAUAUGGAGGUGGGCUUGUUUUGUCAUUAAUACAGAUUUAAAUAUUUAAGUUAAACUUUUGUGUGAGUAAAACAAAAAAGCACUAAUUAAAGUGACUGGAAAGGAUUUCUAAAAUGUAUUUUUCUUACAUGUGACUAUGCAAUAAAACAAUGUCUUAUACAUUCA